UAUAGGCAAUAUAGUCCUCGCAGCUUCAACCAACGAACCAAGAAUUCCAGCAAUGGCGUCUCUCACAGCAACAGGGCUAUCCCAAAACGCGUUUCGCCUUUCGAAAACCUCAGUGAAACCCCAGAAAAACCAACCAAUCGUUCGUCUCAAACCUCUCAGAACUGUUCUGCAGAGAACCGCCAUAAAGGCCUCCAACCCAAGCGCACCGAGCGGCUCACCAGGGCUCUACUCGGCCCACAAAUUCGAGCUCACGGCCAAGAACGUGGACUUGGUUCUCGAGGACGUUCGGCCUUAUCUGAUCUCCGACGGCGGUAACGUUGACGUUGUUUCGGUUGAAGAUGGUGUCAUCUCUCUGAAACUUCAAGGAGCUUGUGGGAGCUGUCCUAGCUCAACAACCACCAUGACAAUGGGGAUUGAACGAGUAUUGAAAGAGAAAUUUGGAGAUGCUGUCAAGGAUAUCCGCCAAGUAUAUGAUGAACAAACCGGUGAGACAACUGUGGAGGCGGUGAACAGGCAUCUUGACAUAUUGAGACCUGCCAUUAAGAAUUAUGGUAGCAGUGUGGACGUGUUAUCUAUUGAGGGCGGGGAUUGCCUUGUAAAGUAUACAGGGCCUGAGUCAAUUGGAUCAGGAAUCAAAGCAGCCAUUAAGGAGAAGUUCCCAGACAUUGUGAAUGUUGUCUUCAGUGGCUAGGUUGCUAUCAGUCUUAGACACUGAGAAUAUGAGAUGGUAUAUGGUUCACUUAACAUUUUUCCACAAGUUGGGUCUCAUGUUUUACAUUUGGAUUGGGUUAAGCUCUUGCACCCACAUGUCCAUACUUCUCGACUAUGAAAGUCUCUAUCUACAUUCAUCUAUAUGUGUCCAUUUGUAUUCAUAGUGUAUGGUUCCUCUAAUUCAUGAUGGGUGGUACAUGAACUGUAGAUUUGUACUUGAGCAAUAAAUGAUAUUAUAAUGUUGUUUUUUUAA